AUGCUAAUCGGUAGAGCUCUGAAGUCGAUAAUGAGGAAAGAGCCGGUGAUAUUCGUAAUUGGCUGCACAGGCACCGGCAAAAGUGACCUCGGGGUGGCGAUCGCGAAAAAGUACGGAGGGGAAGUGAUCAGUGUGGACUCGAUGCAGUUCUAUCGAGGUAAAUGAAUCGAAUACUUCUUCUUCUGGUCAAAAAUGAAUCUGAAGGUCUCGAUAUUGCGACGAACAAAAUAACGGAGGAAGAGGAGGAAGGCAUUCCCCAUCACAUGAUGUCCUUCCUCGAUCCGUCCGAAUCCUCCACCUACAAUGUCCACAACUUUAGAGAAUCAACACUCAAACUCAUUCAGGUCUGCACCUCCCAAUCACUUCUUUCUCGUCAUGGAAAGUUCCAUUCAGGAGAUCAGAUCUCGGUCGAAACUGCCGGUAAUAGUAGGCGGAACGACGUAUUACGCAGAGAGCAUUCUCUAUGAAAACAAUCUGAUCGAAGUGAAAUCUUCUGAAAAACCACAAAGAUCGGCGUCUUCCGCAUCUUCUUCUUCUUUUUCUGCUUCCGACGAAGAAAAAGAUUCUAAUGAGAAAAGCAAUCGAGAACUGUGGGAAGAAUUGAAGGAAGUGGACGAGAAAUCGGCACUUCUUCUCCACCCGAACAAUCGAACACGAGUGAAGAGAGCACUUCAGAUUUACAGGGAAACUGGUAUUCCUCUCAAUCAGGUUCUAUUGUUGGCUAUAAAUUACUUUUAGGAAUCCCAAAAAGUCAGUUCGUUGAGCAGCAGAAGGCAGACGAAUCUGUGGAUCUUGGCGGACGUCUUCGUUUCGAUGAUUCCCUUGUCGUUUACAUGGAUGCGACUGCGCAGGUUUUGGACGAAAGGCUGGAUGGAAGGGUGGAUAAAAUGAUUCGGAUGGGACUCAAAAACGAGCUUAUUCAGUUCUACGAGCAGGUUAGUAAAUAUCAGUCAAACAUCAGCAGAAAUCAGUUUCAGCACCAUAAUUACAUAGAAUAUAAAAAGUACGGAGUCAUGCAGUGCAUUGGGCUCAAAGAGUUCGUCCCGUGGCUCAAAAUGGAUGCGUCGGACAGGGAGUCUCCGGACGGAAACAAACUUUUCAAGCAAGGAUGUGACGACGUGAAACUGCACACGCGACAGUACGCGAGAAAGCAACGGAGGUGGUAUCUGUCGCGCCUUCUGAAGAGAUCCGACGGAGAUCGGAGGAUGGCAAGCACGAAAAUGUUGGACACUUCGGACAAAUCGAAGAUAAUCAGUGAUGGAAUGGAGAUUGUCGAUGGAUGGAUGGGCGGUCUGGACAUGUUUGAGGAGGUCUCGCUUGAUUCUGAUGCAUCGGAAACUCCAUUCUUGUUCAGGUUGCCACGGAUCCCGGUCAAGUCCUCAAAGGGAGCGAAGCAAAUAUACUGUUGAGUUGUGAAGUUUGUGAAAUGACGAUAUCAGGACGGAAUAACUGGUUUGCUAGCUCACUGAAUGCAAUCCACUCAUUCUGAAGUUUAGGGAAAAACACAUGAACGGCAAAAAACACAAACACAAAGUGAAGACUUUGAAAGCUCAGAACGAUUGA